AUGCAACAACAACAGUCCAUUCACGCUGUAUUUGACAAACAGUCUAAUCAAAUGAAAUAUGAAUAUCGGCUUCGCUUAAGUGCUUCAAUUGAUGUGGUAAGACUUCUCUUGAAUCAAGGAUUGUCAUUCCGUGAUCACGAUGAAAGUGAAUCGUCAUUGAACAUAGGUAACUUUCUUGAAGUUCUUUCAAGGUACCGAGAUAGAUGUGAAAAGAUUAAGCCUUUUGUAUUGCAAAAUGCUCCAAAAAAUAAUAAAAUGACUUCUCCAGACAUCCAAAAAAAUAUUAUGACCGCAUGUAAGAUAGAAACAAUUAAGGCUAUAAUAAAGGACCUAAAUGGUGACUACUUUUGUCUAUUAGUUGAUGAAUCUUUUGAUGUGUCACGAAAAGAGCAAAUGGCUAUUGUUUUAAGAUAUGUUGAUAGAAAAGGAUUUGUAGUGGAGGCAUUUAUUGGACUUGUUCAUGUUCCUGAUACUAGUGUUUUAUCCCUGAAGAAAGUAAUUGUUAACAUACUUGCUCAUCAUUCAUUAAGUUUAUCUUUUUUACGUGGACAAUGUUAUGACGGGGCAAGUAAUAUGCAAGGUGAUAUCAAUGGUCUUAAAGUUUUGAUUGAACAAGAAAGUAGAUCGGCUUGUUCUAUUCAUUGUUUUGCUCGCCAACUUCAAUUAACUCUUGUGGCAGUUUCAAAAAAGUGUGCUCAAGUGGGAGAACUUGUGCUAUUAGUUUCAAAUAUUUUGAAUGUGUUGGGAGCUGCUUUUAAACAUAUGGAUGAACUUCGAGAAUCUUUAAAAAAAAGACUCCAAGAGGCAUUAGAUAUAGGUGAGCUAGAAAAAGGUAAAGGUUUGAAUCAAGAGCUUGGUCUUGUUAGAGCCGGUGAUACUCGUUGGGGAUCUCACUACAAGUCGUUUGGAAAUUUUAUACUUUUGUUUGACUCUAUUAUUGAUGUACUUGAUACUCUUGCUGAAGAUGCAAGUAUUUUAGAUGAAAGAGCUAAGGCAACAGGAUAUCUUAGAAGUUGCCAAACGUUUGAGCUACGCAUCAAGACUGCAAGACGACGUGAAGAUCUAGUCAAUGAGUGGGUUAGGGCCCAGGAAAGUCCCCGGGCCAUUUCUGCAGAGAUGCAAACUUGGGAACAAGUUGAGCUUCACGUGCUGUGUGAGUCCAAUCUCUUGGCGGAUGGGCUGAGACGAGGUGGAGCCGAUGGACUCAAGCCGGAAGCAAUUAUUGGCCGAUAUUAA